CCCUAUGGACAGUGGCGGACCCAACAUUUUUCGAGAGGUGUGUCAGUCGCUAAAAUUAAAAUAAUAAAAACUAAUUCACAAUGUGUACAAUUUUAUUAUUUUUCAUAUCGAGCAAAAAAAUUUUAUUUUAUGAGAGGUUUGUGAAAUACAUUUAUCGGUUAUUUUAGUAACGUAAAUAUUUUUUCAAUGCAUAUACCUCUCCUAAACAUAGGUCUGUCCGUGUCGGACAAACCAUAUUACUCACUUUACCGACACCUAGAUAUAGACAGGUUUGACAAUUUGAUAUCCUGCCAAAAGAAAAAGGGAAAUUUUGCUACAACCAAAAAAAUGUGCUGAAAAAGGAAUCGGUUCCAAAUAUUGGGGAAGGCAUUGACCAUGUCUCUCGAGUAUCCCAAAAGAGUGGGAGGAUAGCGUACCACUCAUGAGCCAUACAAGGGCUAUUUCAAAUGUUUGCUUCUUUCCUCUUUCUAUUUUCUACUGUACGUUGAAAGUCCUGCUAAAAUUUUAAAAAAUUGAAACCAACAAAAAAAAAAGAACAAGAAAACGAAAACGAAUCAUAUAGAAAAAAACAAAAAAGAAAAGUGAAAUCCUGUAAGUCUCCAUCCUGAAAUGCAAUCACCAAAGCGCAAGUUAGUUUUACAUGAAAUACAUUUUUGACAAUUCACUUCGACAUUGGACAGUUUCACAACUCCCACGGUCUAGAGCCCGCCAAUCGGAUUUCGUGCUAUUUCUUUCAUCCCACAUAUUGGCACCAUAUUCAGGUAGUGUUUUGGUGAUCCUUUCUUCCUCUCUUAUAGAUUGGCGAUUAUGGUGUUUUCCCCCAUGUUAUUGCUGGAAAUUCAGGAGCUAAUUUAUUUGUUUGUUUAAUUCCUCAUUCAGUCAACGAUAGGGUUCGUCAGAUUUGAAAUUGAAAGUGUAAUCAUUCAUUGGCGAUAAUUAUGAUGGAGAGAGCAGAGUCAGGGCAAAAACUGUACACGCGUUUGCGACUCUGGGAAUUCCCUGAUCAAUAUGUGAUUGAACCAACGAAUGGAUCUGCCGGCGCACCCUUGGCCAUUAGUAGGAAAGAUGGCUCCAUGUCUCUCAUCGACCAAGUGCCACAAUGCAGUUCUGUGAGGGUUCCUAAGAUCCAGACUAUUUUCGGUGUGGUUGGGCUGCUCAAACUCGUCAUAGGAUCAUACUUGAUAGUUGUAAAUGACCGUGAAUGUGUUGGGUCCUACAUGGGACAUCACAUCUUCAAAGUUACAUCAUUGAAGGUUUUCCCUUGUGAUCAUUCCCUGAAAAGUAGUACUACUGAACAGAAGAAGGUAGAAGCUGAAUUCUCUGCUCUUCUUAGUGUUGCGGAGAAGACUCAUGGUCUUUAUUUCUCAUAUGAGGCGAAUUUAACACUAAGUGCACAGCGUUUGCAUGAUCUAGGUGAUGAGUCAAAAUUGGUUCCUCUGUGGAGGCAGGCAGAACCAAGGUUCCUAUGGAACAAUUACAUGAUGGAAGUCCUUAUUGAUAACAAGCUUGACCCAUAUCUUCUUCCAGUUAUCCAAGGGAGCUUUCAGAACUUUCAAGCAGCCAUUGGAAAAGACAUAGUUGAAGUCACAUUGAUUGCAAGAAGAUGCACUAGGAGAAAUGGCACUCGGUUGUGGAGGCGUGGAGCUGACCCUGAUGGAUAUGUUGCUAAUUUUGUGGAGUCUGAACAAAUCGUCCAGAUAAAUGGAUUUACAGCAUCAUGUGUCCAGAUCAGGGGCUCAAUGCCCUUCAUCUGGGAGCAAAUUGUUGACUUGACAUACAAGCCUAAGUUUGACAUUAUCAAACCCGAGGAAGCACCACGGGUUGCGGAACGUCAUUUCUUGGAUUUAAGAAAAAAAUAUGGCAGUGUACUAGCUAUUGAUCUUGUCAACACGCAUGGAGGUGAGGGACACCUAAGCGAAAAAUUUUCUACAGCAGUUCAGCCUGUUCUCAGUGAUGAUAUAAGAUAUGUGCACUUUGAUUUCCACCAAAUCUGUGGGCAUGUUCACUUUGAGCGCCUUUCUAUUCUCUAUGAACAAAUUGUGGAUUUCCUGGAGAAGAGCGGUUACCUAUUGGUGAAUGAGAAGGGUGACAAAUUGAAGGAGCAAACUGGGAUUGUAAGGACAAAUUGUAUUGAUUGCUUAGACCGAACUAAUGUUACACAGAGCAUGAUAGGGAGAAAAAUGUUAGAACUCCAACUUCGAAGAAUUGGUGUUUUUGCUGCUGAGGAAACCAUAAGCUCACAUCCAAAUUUUGAUGACGUUUUCAAAAUAAUGUGGGCUAAUCAUGGAGAUGAUAUAAGCAUCCAGUACUCAGGCACUCCUGCCUUGAAAGGAGACUUCGUAAGGCUUGGGCGGCGUACAACUCAAGGAAUCAUUACAGAUGGUAUUAAUGCCCUUGUCCGCUACUAUUUGAAUAACUUUGCCGAUGGCACAAAGCAGGAUGCAAUCGAUCUCGUGCAAGGACAUUACAUUGUUUCAUUAAGUCGGGAUAUGAAAGCAUCAUCCCAAACUGGGGGGCUCGAGAGUGUAGCUUCUUUCCCGCUGGCGUUUGCGGUGAUCAUGCUUGGGUUCUUUUUCGCAUUGUUAUCACUAAGGCAAGUGCCAUACGAUAUGAAGCACUUAUUCUUCUCAUUAUUGUGGGCAAGCUUUACAGUGGGCAUUGCAGCAUUUGUUAGGGCAAAUGGGCGGAUUUUCUGCAACCGGCCUCGUCUGCAUAAACCUAGAUCAUGAACCCUUUUAACUCAAGACUUCUCAUGCAUACAGAUUUUGUUGUUCAAAUUCAGAAUAGCCUCGUCUGCAUAAUGAGUUUUAUGUGCUCAAACACACCCAUCUUAUCACGAGCACACCCUACUUGUUUUUACCCUUCUUUUCAUGUGAUUGAUUUUCAUCAUCCCUUCUUCCUGCCCUUUUUGGUUAUGUUAGAUUAUCAAUGACAGUGGGAGAAUUUACUUGUGCCACUAUGAACUACGACAAUAAUUUGUUUUGACAGUUCCUAAAAAGUAAGCUAUAUUUUAGACCAUAGUAGUCUCCUUAUCUGAAUGUGGUGAGAUUAUUUUGUUCUAACUUGAAUAUAUUCUCUUUAUGUUA